AUGUCUCUCCAUCAUCCGAGUCCUUCCGUAGAUAACAAUGCUUCCCGUAUGCAAAGGAGAUUGAAUACCUUGUAUUCUCAUCUUGUGAUGGCCUCUAAUUUCUCCCCGAUCAAUGAUUUGGGAAUGAUGAAAAAUUAUCAUGACGAAAUUAUAGUGGAAAAUAAUAAGACAAAUGCAGCAGGUGGAAAGGAAAAGACUACAAGUAUUCUCAUGAAUAAAUUUCCAAAGGGAAUGAUUGAAGAGAGUGAUUUCAAGAUUGUACAAGUUGACUUUGAACAACCAUUGGCAAGUGAAGGUGAUUGGAUUGUCAUUAAAUUGUUACAGUUGAGUGUUGAUCCAUAUAUGAGAGCAAGAAUGGCUCCAAAAACUCCAAAAGGAUAUUUUCCAGCAUUCAAAUUGAAUGAACCAUUGCAUGGUGGAUGCAUUGCUAAAGUUCUUUCAUCAUCAACAAGUGUUCAACAUAGGUACAAACAAGGAGAUUUAUUAUUUGGAUAUUUCAAUUGGCAACUUGUACAAAAGGUAACUGUUGGUGCAAAGUUUGAAACAAUUUAUCAAAUUGUAAAAAUUGAUCCCAAGUUGAAAGUUCCUUCAUCAAAUUACUUGGGUAUCUUGGGAAUGCCAGGAGUUACUGCAUAUCAUGGAUUUUUGGAUAUUUGUCAACCAAAGAAGGGGGAAGUUGUUGUUGUGAGCGCAGCAUCUGGUGCAGUUGGAAGUAUUGUUGGACAAAUUGCCAAAUUGAAAGGAUGUUUUGUUAUUGGAAUAAGUGGCGGUUCUGAAGAAGCCAUGAAAGAAUUGAAAUCUGCUGGAUUCGACUCACUGAUCAACUAUAAAGACUACCCAUCAACAUCCACACUGAAAACAGCUAUUGAAAAGGCAUCUCCUUCUAAGGAGGUUGAUUGUUAUUUUGACAAUGUUGGAGGAUACAUUCUCGAUGCUGUAACUUUGUGUAUGGCCAAAUAUGGAAGAAUGUCACUUUGUGGAGCUAUCAGCCAGUACAAUGAUACAGGUGCUGAGAUGGGACCUAGAAUGAAUUCUCUCUAUGUUGUUAGAGAGUUGAAAGUUCAAGGAUUUUUAAUUUCUUCCUAUCAGAAGCGAUACCAAGAAGCUGUUCAACAAUUAGCUCAAUGGACUUUGGAAGGAAAAUUGAAGGCCCUUGAAACCAAAGUUAAGGGAUUUGAAAAUACUCCUAAAGCUAUCAUUAGACUCUUCUCAGGAGAGCAAAAGCUCGGCAAAAUGAUUGUAGAUUGUGUUGAAUAA